CACGUGUGGAGAUAACUGAAAGGAAUCUGGGUCAGCUAGCGCAAACCUGGUGACACGGUCUUUUCAAUGCUAGCAAUAUGUUGUGACUGCACAUAACUGGCAACAACCCUGUGAGCAGUUUUUUUUACUAUUUCAUCUAUUGACAAACACGUUGAUAGGACAGGCUCAUCAGGUUGAGAUAUCGACAAUACAAUAGGAUGACAAAGCACAUUCCAUACUGAACAAUGUAUCGCAAUUACAAGAAAAAUAUUGACGAUUUCAAGGGAAAGAGUCGAUGCGCAGCCAGGGAGGGCAUCUCAACUGAAGAGGAUGAGGAGACCGCGUGUGAAGACUCGGAUCUGUCCGAUAAUGAAAUUCCAGAAGACCCAAUCGAGGCAGAGGUGAAGAAAUGUUGGAACCAAGUGCGUAAACAGCGUCAUGAUUACGAUCACCAACCCUGGCCAACUGAACCACUCAGGAACAAUCUGGGAUGGCAGACUAUAAGGAUAUUUGUUUCAUCAACCUUCGCUGACUUUCAAAAUGAGAGGGAGAUCCUGGUUAAACAGGUGUUUCCAGAGCUGCGAGACUGGCUUGAGCAGAGGAGUAUGAGACUACUGGAGUGUGACCUGAGAUGGGGGAUUCCAAAAGAUAGUAACACCCAUGACACCAUUGUAGCCUGUAUGGAGGAAAUUGACAGCUGCUUUGAGGAAAACCAUGGGGAACCAUUCUUUCUCAAUCUGACAGGAGCAAGGUGUGGUUGGAUCCCGACCAUGGAAGACAUCUCAGAUGACAUCAGGGAAAGAUAUGACUGGAUUCCCGGGGUCUCCAUCACAUUCAUGGAGGUACUCCAUGCCGCAAUGAGACGCAACAACCCAAAUGCUGCAUUCUUCAUCAGAGACGGAGAUUUCUACUUUAGACUACCCAGUGCAGAAAAUUCAAAGUUUGUUGAUGAGGAUCCACUUAAAGUGCACCAUUUGAAGAAAUACAAGGAAAAGCUUAUGAGAUACUUUCCCAAGCAGACAUUCCUGUAUAAAUGUCAAUAUUCAAGAAUGGAAGAAGUCUGUGGGAGAGACAGGGUGAUGCUGGUUGGAUACGAAGACUUCUCUGAGAAAGUACUCAAUUUCUUCAAGAAGACUAUAGAGAUGAAGUACCCCCACUACAAAGAUGUCAAGGAAAUGAAUGUAGAACAGAGAGAAAAUGCUUCCCACAUGAAUUUCAUGAUGCAAAAAGCUGAUUUUGUGUGUGGAAGAUCAUCAGAAAUUGACCUGUUGUCAAGAUACGUGGAGCAUGAUUAUGACGAGUCAUUAAGACUAUCAGAUAAAGACAUUGAAACAUACAAAAGUGACUACAGACUGAGCCAAGUACUGGAGAAAUACAAGACUUCUGAACUAGAACUUGCACAAAGCACACCAAUCUUAUGUGUCUUUGCUCCACCUGGUUACGGAAAGUCGGCACUUUUGGCAAGCUUCAUUAAGAAAGUAUCAGAGUCAGAUGAUCUGAACUACCUCAAGAUAUUCUACCAUUUCUGUGGCAAAGAUGGAGACAGCACCAGACUUGACAUGCUAAUGUGGCGACUCCUUUUGGCUAUGGAUCCGCACAUGUCAGAAGAAUCUAAAGAAGAAGUGAUGCAGCUCCCCGGCAAUGAGAUGGUAACCAAGUUCAACGAGAUGCUGGACUUGUACCAGAAGACAGAGAAACAACUCGUAAUAGUCAUUGAUGGCAUCAAUGAACUGCAAGCAGGCCUUCACUGGCUGCCUCCAGGACUGCCUUCAAAGGUUACGUGUAUAGUGAGCUGCUCAAAUCAAGACACCAAAACAAUGAGUGAUUUGCUGCUGCUCAACUCCUUGCGAUUAGACCUACCCGAUAUCGGCCUUGAACCGAGGAGAAAAAUUGUACAGACCUUUUUCUGGAGAUACUCAAAGACAUUAGAUUCUGAGCAGCUGGAGAGUCUGGUCCAGCAGGAAGGAUCAUCCAAUCCCCUUUGGCUGCUCACCGCCUGCGAGGAACUGAGAGUGAUUGGCGACUACAAGUACAUCACAGACAUGAUCAAGGCAUUUCCAAGCGACCUCGAGGGUCUUUUCUCUGACUUACUGAACAGGCUGAUGAAGGAGGAUGAGACUGGCUUGAUAGAAAAGGUGCUAUGUUACAUUGAAGUGUCACCUUUUGGUCUCGCUGAGGAUAUCCUGAAGAAGCUUGUGACUGGUGCUGCACAAGUGGAGCCAAUAGCUCCCCUUAAGUGGGCCAAAGUUAAGCGUCAACUGAAAAGCUUGCUGCGGCCGUACAUGGCACGGCAAAUGAUGUUGCAGUUUCGCCACGCAUCAAUCUCAAAGGCUGUCCAUGCCAAAUUCCUUAAAGACAAGCUAUCACAGAAAGUCUGGCACGAGGAACUAGCCAGUUACUAUGAGUUCUAUUCCCAAGGAGAUCCAGUCCAUCUGACGAGGCAAGCACUACCAUACCAUCUACUGGAGGCAGGAUUAAACAAGAGGCUUGUUGAGUUUUACCGUAAAAACCAAUUCAUGGCCUCUAUAUAUCAAAGACGACAACAGUUGCAGCAAAUCCGUUGCAAGAACAUUGCCAUACAAAAAGCAAGCAAGAAGGCCCAGUAUUGUACAUUCUGUUCCAUGAAUGUCCAGGGCAAGUGCAUCAUCUGCGGAAUGCACCUUCACAAAGCUAUGGAGAAGGAGGCCUGGUUGUGCCACAUGCAUCAGUUCCAUGGCGGAAAGGGAAUGGACAAAUGCUCCAUCUGUGGCCGGAUUCAGUCCAAUAACAUGCUGAAGGGUGAAGUACACAUGUGUGUUUUCUGUCACACUGGAACCUUCAUGAAUCGAUGUGCUGCUUUUGAGAUGUGAAUAGGACACAGUGAAUCUACAAUGUGUGCAGUGUGUGGUUUACAUCUAGGUUGAUGUCCUCAAAAGCAAAAUCCUACAGGAAACACAGCCUACCUCUCUAAAUUGCCAUCUUUUGGAACUACAAAUCCCUAGCUUUACUUUAACUUGAGAGUUUCAUAGUUAGUAAAGCACAGGAAUGGAUUGUUCAGCUGCUUACUGUGUUGUGGCUUAAAACUGAUCGGUCGUGCAUUAAGAAGUUCCGCUGCCUUUUUUUCCAUUAUAGCUCCUGCAAUCAAAAUGCGAAACAACUCAUAAAAACCCUUAAAAUGAUCAAACCUUGAUGCAUCAAAUCAAUAUUUUCUAUCAAUUCAACUUGGUGAUUCAGUGUAUAGAUUAGUCAUUAAAAUGCCAUUGAUGCAACUUUCACAGAUCCUUAUCAAAGUGAGUUGGAUUUUUUCUCCAGGGUGAUUCUGCUUUCUAAAGAAUGAAAAAAACCUUCCUACAUGUACCUGUACAUAAUAAAAUCUUUUCCUUGGCCAUGUAUCUUAUAGUCCUACACGUCUUCUCUAAGCACUCCUCAUUCAAGAAUGGUGGGUCAGCGACAACAAUAUCAAAUGCAUGUGCAAAAUCUUUUGGCAAGUUCAAGGGGUCAUUGUAGUCGUAAAAUAGAAACUCAUUGCCAAACUUUUUGAAUCGUUUAUCAUACUCGAGGAUGACCGCGGUCCAUGUCCGUUCUCCGGCUAGAUCGAUAAGCUUUUUGUAAAGUGUAGGACAACUUAUGCAGGCAAUCCUGGAAGUAAAUUUUAAUAUUUGAAUCUUUUCACAAAAUGAAAUAAUGAUUGGUAAUUUGCCAAUGAAACUGCUCUUUCAAUAAAGAAUAUCAGGUACCUUAA